UGCCGACUGCUACAGAUCAGAUCUGUUGCAACGCAGCAUAGUAAACAUGUGUCACGUGUGGGAUGUCAGAAGAGAAGCCACGUUUCCGUCGCGCUGCCCAGUAUCCAUACUUUUAUACUACAAUAAGUACCGACGACAAUGGAAAAAGUGUUGGCGCCUAUCACUUUCUACAAUGGAAGGAAAAUGCCCGUUAUUGGGCUGGGGACCUGGCAGUCAUCUCCAGAUGAAGUGGAAAAAGCUGUUGAUGUUGCAUUACAAGCUGGAUAUCGGCACAUAGACACAGCUGCUACCUAUGGGAAUGAGGCUGCCAUUGGGAGAGCUUUACAAAAAUGGUUUGAGUCUGGAAAAAUAAAAAGGGAAGAGCUGUUUAUUGUUACUAAGCUACCACCAGUGGGAAACAGGGCAGAGUGUGUUGAGAAGUACCUGAAGAAGUCUCUUGCUGCUCUGCAGCUGCAGUAUGUGGAUCUGUAUCUUAUACAUUACCCUGUUGGCCUCCAGGAAUUACAAGAUGAAAGUUUUCCGAAGGACAAGGAUGGAAAUAUUUUGUUUGAUAUGAACACGGAUCAUAUCAGCCUAUGGAAGGCAAUGGAAGUCCAGGUAGACACGGGCCGUGCCCUGUCGAUUGGUCUCUCCAACUUCAGUGCCGAGCAGAUAAAACGCAUCUGGCGGUCAGCACGGGUCAGACCAGCCAACUUGCAAGUGGAGCUCCAUGUCUACCAUCAGCAGCGGGAACUGCGUGCCUUCUGCCGGGCUCUUGACAUCACCAUCGUCUCAUACUUCACUCUCGGUUCUCCUCGCUACUUCAGCUACAUUGAAAAUCUGGGCUUGGAUGUUAGUAGAAUACCAAAACAACAUCCCCUGAGCGAUGCUGUUGUCUUGCGCAUUGCCCAGAAACAUGGGAAGUCAGCUGCACAGGUACUGCUUCGGUUUGUCAUGCAGCUGGGAGUGGCUGUCAUACCGAAGAGUACUAAUCCUGAGCACAUUCGGCAAAAUUUUGAUGUAUUUGACUUUGAACUUUCUCCAGAAGAUAUGUAUUCACUGGAAGCUUUGGAUAAAGGAGAACGUGGCCGACAAGUGAAUGACGUAAUUUUUCCAGGUGUUGGAGUUUGCAAAGUGUAAUAACUAGCUCUUCAUUUCAAGUAUUACAUCUUGAACAUCCUACAUCUGCAUAUGUGUAAUUGGAGGAUUCAGCAGAAGAAAAUGCUAAGGCCAAGAGCGUUAAAUUCAAACAAUAGAAAAUCCAGGAUGGAAUGUAACAAUACGAGAGAAGGAAAGUUGCUACUCACCAUAUAGCGGAGAUGCUGAGUUGUGAUAGGCACAAUAAAAAGAUUCACACAAUGAUAGCUUUCGGCCAUUAAGGCUUUUGUCAGCAGUAGACACAUAUACGCAUACGCACACAUACUCACGCAAGCACAACUUGCACACACGUCUGCAGUCUCAGAGGGCUGAAACUACACUGCAGUGUAAGGCCUUUGUCAGCAGUAGACACACAUACAUAGACGCACACACACACUCAUACAAGCGCAACUUGCACACACGUCUGCAGUCUCAGAGAGCUGAAACUACACUGCAGUGUGUGUGCGUGUGUGUCUACUGCUGACAAAGGCCUUAAUGGCCGAAAGCCAAGAUUGUGUGAAUCUUUUUAUUGUGCCUAUCGCGAAAUUCAAACUCAAGUACAUAUAACAGUUUUCAGGAUACAAAAGACAAUUAUAAGAGUAAUGGAACAAGUGAGCAGCAGAUCUUUAAAGAUCUAAAUAUCUUACCCCUUCCCUGCAUUUUUAUAUUGGAAGUAGUCAUGCAUGUCAAAAAAAAGUAUACUGAGAAAAGAAAACCUUUUUCCUCAAAACAAAAAUGUCCAUGAUUAUAGUACCAGGUCAGACAGUGACAUACAUGUUAAUCAUUGUAACACCACACUAUGCCAAAAAGGUGUAUAUUGUGCAGGAACAAAACUAUACAAGAGGUUACCAAGACAUAUAAAAUCUCUUCCUGAACUACAAACCUUUAAAAAGUCUGUGACAGCCUACCUUCUGAAAAACUGCUACUAUUCAAUCUCACAGUAUCUCACGCAAGAAAAAAUGUAAUUUGUAGC